AUGGACAAAGAAAGCAAAGUCAUCAUCGUUGGGGCAGGGAUUUUUGGUCUCUCGACAGCUUAUCAGCUCGCAUCCGAAGGAUAUCGCAAUGUAGUCGUUCUUGACAGACAUAUGCCACCGGUCCCUGAUGGAUCUAGCUCUGAUAUCUCCCGUGUCAUUCGGUUCGACUAUGCAGAUGACGACUAUUUGGAUCUUGCAUACGAAGCCUACUUAAAAUGGCGAGAUACGCCCAGAUAUAAAGGCAUUUUCUAUCCGGCCGAUUAUAUAUUGGUCGGCAAAACGGGUGCCUAUGGCAAGGACUGGAUGACAAAAACCACCGCCGCUCUUGACAAGAAAAAGCUGCCGUGGACCGAGCUUGAAGACAUGACGACGAUCAAGCAAAAGUUCCCUGUUCUGACAGGCGAGCUCGCAACUCCUGGAUUUUCUGGAUACAGUAAUCAUCAAGCAGGCUGGGCAGACGCGGCGAAAGCUGUUAGCCAGCUUCGCGAUGACUGUUUUGAACUCGGUGUAUCAUUUAUUUGCGGUCGCGGAGGGACUGUGGUCGAACUUGAGACCGAUCACCGCAAAGUCAUCAAGGCUGUUCGAACCCUCACUGGGAGUCGGGUUGAGGGUGACCACUUUAUUCUUUCGACUGGUGCCUGGACCUCUGGCUUGGUUCCAAUGUAUAACUCAGCGCUAUCAACCGCACAGGUUGUUGGAUAUGUCCGUCUUACACCGUCUGAGGUGGAGAAGUACGAGAACCUUCCUAUCUAUGCAAACUUUGCAACUGGAUGGUUCAACUUCCCCCCUCAUGGAGAUACCCAGACAUUGAAGAUGGCAAUCCACGGAUGGGGAUACACUCGGAUCCCAACACAAGCAGACCGCAACAUUGUUCAAUCAAAUGUGUCAUCCCCACCAUUGAUCCCUCCCCGCGAGCGUGUAAACUUUGUCCCAAAGGAUGGAGAGGUCCGCCUAAGAGAAGGCCUGCGCGAGAUUCUUCCGGAGCUGGGAGAUCGACCUUUCGAGAAGCUAGCCAUGUGUUGGUAUACCGACACGCCAACUGGGGACUUUGUGAUGGAUUAUCAUCCCGACUAUGCCAAUCUGUUUGUUGGAGGUGCAGGGAGUGGACAUGCGUUCAAGUUCUUGCCCAUCUUAGGCAGAUACAUGUCAUUGGCUCUCAAAAAGUCGCUGCCCCCGAAUCUUGCUCAAAAAUGGAGAUUCAGAAUGGACUACGCAGGUCAAGAUGAUACUUUCAAGGGUGAUGGAAGUCGUGGAGGACCUACUAGGCGGGAAUUAGACCCUCAAGAAAGGGCAAAACUCUGA